AUAAACAUCCAUCACGACGCCUACGUCGUGCACAAGCACCGUUGACAGCUCUUUCAGGACGCUUGCCAUACCUUACCUACCAGCCUCGAACCAUUCGGCCUCCCAUCUGCUAGAAGUAGCGGAUCUCGAACAAUAAAUCAUCUUCAAUAUGGUAGCCGCAGUACGACGAAGAAAGUUGAUCGGCCAUCGCCGCCGGGUCGAGGAUGAGGGAGAGGAAGAUGGAGGACCUGACCAGCUCGAUAUUGACGAUGACUCGCUGACCGAUGGAUCCAUGGCCUCCGAGGAUCCCGAUCCAGCUAACGACAGCGAUACUAGCAAUGUUGAUGAGGCUUCACCGACAACACCGGCGGCUCCGAAGAUAACUGGUCAAACAGCUAUUGGUAAUGGCAAUGGCCAUGUGAAGAGAACGCAUACUAGGCCUUCCGGCACCGUACCCAUAAAAACCACCAGAAAGUCGGGUACAAACGCUGUGGCUGACACCGAGUUUAUGCUAAGCAACUUGAAUAUAUCGGGCGAAGCUGCUCCAGUGCAGGAAUUGAACUUCGAGGAUGCCAUAGAAACCUCUUCGAAAACCGCGGCCCCUAUAGUAGUUAGCUCGAACUCCGCCACUGCCACUGGUACGAACACAGACCAUCCACCUGACGUUUCAACUGAUCGGCGACGAAAGGAACAUGAUGAGUACAGGCGAAAGCGAGACGAGGAUCCGUCUUUCGUUCCUAACCGAGGGGCCUUCUUCAUGCAUGACCACAGACAUGCCGGUCCUUCUGCCAACGGCUUUCGCCCGUUUGGAAGAGGCUCGCGAGGUCGUGGUCGUGGUGGCAUAGGGGCCCCUUUUGCUCCAAUCAAUCAUCAACUCCAUAGUGCGGUUGACCCUACGACUAAUGGCCCAUGGGCUCAUGAUAUGCAUGACAUGGUCUCUCAAUCCAUACAUGCCCGGCAACCACGAGCGUCGUUUACCGAUGAUGGCCCGCCAAACGGUGACGGUUUUAUUCCCACUUGUCCCCCGAGCAGCACGCCGAUCAACCGGACGAUGGCUACGGAGAAGCAUGUUGGAAAUGUACAGAUCAGAGUUUAUAUCCCAGGGAUCAAGGAGCAUAUUAUUUUUCCGGGCGUACAGAUCAGGCAAUACACAAAAUUACCGGACCAUCGACCACCAUUAAGACGCGACAAGCCAGUUCGCAUCUCAUUGCCCAACUUCUCGCCUCGGUACAUUUUCCCAGCCACAGACAGGUCCUUUAUUUUCAUACCCCGAGCGAUGCGUCCUAACCAACGAUUACGGGGAAAGCCUAGAUCUGGUCUUGGAUCCAUUGGGGGAUAUUCCAGAAGGACGAGCGUGUUUGGAGGAAGUGUGUACGCUGGCAGUGCGUAUACACCCAGUGUCGCCCUCAGCCGUCGGUCUUCCAUCGCCCCUGACUUGGGCAGGGAUUUCCUUGUUUCUCCGACUGGUUCUGCCAUGUCUCGACCACCGAUGCCUUACGACGCUGCUCGACCCGUUGUCAGGCUUCCCCCACAAGGCCGCACAGAGCAGCAGCUUUCUGCUGUUGACGGUGCUCCAGCAGAUGGAUCCGCCGGGGCUGGGCAGCCUAUUAAUGAAUUUCCUGUAUCCCAACCAUACCAUUCCUCCCAGAAGCCGGCUUUCCAGGAAAAUCGGCCAGUGCCUAUCCCCAUGCAUCAGCCUCGCCCGCAGAAAACGGUGUCGGUAGCCGGCAUCGAGUCCCCUGAAUUCCAACAGAACUCCUCCCAACCGUACCAACAGGCCUUUCAUCAGCAGGUCCCUGUCCAAGUGUCCACCACCCUAAGCCAGGAAUCUCACGCCCGUCAUUCAUCGUACCAAUCUCAGCACUCAACCGGCACCCCACUCUCCCAGAUUCCCGAACGCGCCAUCCAUGCCGCCCCCUUCCAACCAACCCAGUUCUCCCAGCAGACCUACUAUCAGCCGUACCAGAUGAUGCAACCUCAACAAGGUUAUUAUUACCCUUCGGCUCCCUAUCCUGGCGCAUUGGGACCAUCCGCUACCACGCCUACGUUCGUACCCGCAGCACAGCAACCCCAACCUCAACCUCAAAGCGAGGGACCUACCAGCCAACCGAACGGACAGGGCACGCCUGGUUCCAACUUGGUUGCUCAGGAGGUCAAUGGCAUGGUUUAUUAUUACGAUGCCUCUCAGCUACCACCAGUAGCUACAUACACUCCUUAUCCGGCGCCACAAGGUUAUCCGGUGCCUGGCGGCGUGGUUGGCAUGAACGGAAUGGUUACCCCGAGCCCAGACGGCUAUUAUUAUCCUCCAUCGGGGCCUGGUGUUGUCUACUACCCGCAAUAAGACGUCGCCGGAUGGUGCCCUAUAUCUUUGUUGUGAUGGCCUAGAUAAAAAGGAGGGAUGCGUGCGAGCAGACAUUGCCAUACCAACGAGGUUAGGUAUAUUCGGCAUGAUCGCUUGGACCAUCGAACUGGCGACGCGACUUGGGGCUCUCUUACUACUUCAGUUGGUGGAUUAUGGUUGGCAUUUUUGCAAGACUAGGUAUCUAUUGU